UGUGCGCUCUCAUCUGCUGCAGUGAGGUUUCCAUUCUUCGUGGAUCUCAGCAGACCUGAAGACGUCCUGAACCACACAUGCAACUUGUACCUCAACACUGAGGAGGGCGUCUCAGUGGGAGUGUGGCAUACACUCCCCGCCAGCCAAUGGGAGGAGGCCUCCGGGAAAAGCCCUGAGUGGUACCGGGAGACUCUGGGGGACGGCCGUCCUGUUAUUAUCUUUCUCCAUGGCAACGUAGGGACCAGGGCAUUAAAGCACAGAGUGGAACUCGUGAAGAUCUUGAGUUCUACAGGAUACCACGUCUUAUCUUUAGACUACAGAGGUUUUGGAGAUUCCACCGGGGAGCCCAGUGAAGCGGGACUGACCAGAGACGCCCUCUACCUGUACAACUGGGCCAAGACGCAGAGCAGAGGGGGUUUCGUCUGUCUGUGGGGACACUCGCUUGGCUCUGGCGUGGCAACCAAUGCAGCAGUGAUAUUACAAGAGCAAGGGUCUGCAGUUGAUGCUAUCGUCCUUCAGGCCCCGUACACCAGAAUCAGAGAGGUUGUAGCCAUCCAUCGGCUGGCUAAGCCGUACAGUUUUCUCCCAGGAUUUGAGAGCUUGCUUUGGCAGCUAAUGGAGAAGAUCAACAUAGUGUUUGAUAACACUAAGAAUUUACAGAUGCUGACCAGUCCGCUUCUUAUCCUGCACGCAAAGGACGACCAUGUUGUUCCGCAUCACAUGGGUCUGAAGCUGCACCAGAUCUCCCUCCAGGCUCGGAAAAAACUCAAGGCAGAUGCUCACAUUGAAAUGAUCUCCUACGAUGCAAGUCUUGGAAUCUUCCACAGCCAGGUCUACUUGGAUCCCAAUUUGUCAGAUGUGGUUAGGAAAUUUCUAGAAAAAGUGAGAAAGUAGAGUGGCAUUUCCUUCCUCUGGACUUUCUAUGUCAGUUGUUUCAUAUUUUGUAAAAUAAUGACUCACAAAUUCCAGUUCAACCAGAUUGUUUACCACAAAAAUGCACAUAUGUCUUCUGAAACUUGAAAUAAAACCACUUCGUAAUGUA